AUGGAUCCUUUGCACCUCGUCGAUCUCUUGGCUUGUCUCGUCUUGGGCUAUGUGCUAUACAAACUCUGUACGGCGCGUAAACUUCGUCUGCCACCAGGUCCUAGAGGGCUCCCCAUCAUCGGAAAUAUCUAUAAUGUCCCGAAGAGGGACGAAUGGAUCGCCUACAGGGACAUGGCACAACAAUACAAUUCUGAUAUCAUCCACCUCAAUUUAAUGGGCACCAGUCUUAUUGUCAUCAACUCUCGAGAAGCGGCUCGCGAACUUUUUGACAAACGUUCUGCCAUAUACUCUGACAGGCGCGUUGAACCACCCUAUCACAUGUUAAACGGAUUGAUGGGCUUCACUUGGCAUUUUGCCUUUCAUCGUUACGGCGCUUCCUGGAAAGAGCAUCGUAAACUGUUCCACAAAGAAUUCGUCGGCUCCGUGGUGACUAGCCACUAUCCUCGGCUACUGGACGGCUCGAGGGUUCUUCUGCAGAAAUUGUUGAAUGACCCGAAGAAUUUCCGAGAGACUCUUCGCUUCGUGGCCGCACGAAUCAUAUUAGGUGUGGCCUACGGUAUAGAUGUCAGAGACUACAGCGAUUAUUACGUCCAGACAGCAGAGAAUGCUAUGACAGGAAUGGCUGCAGCGGGAAAUGCAGGAUCUUUUCUCGUCGAUUCGUUUCCUAUCUUGCGACAUAUUCCUGAUUGGUUCCCAGGCGCUGGUUUUAAGAAGAAGGCUGCGAAUUGGAGCCUGUCAGUCAAGGCUAUGCCUCGUGUUCCGAUGAAGUUCGUCCAUGACUCGAUAGCUGCCGGUACGGCCAGUUACUCUAUCGCAUCCAAACAUCUCGCAGAGAUAGGAGAACAUCACGAGCACUUAUCAGAGAAGGUGGAGUUAUUGGGGAAUGUGCUAGCGGCUUCGUAUGCUGGUAAAACGGUUUCCACCUUGUCCACCUUUAUACUGGCCAUGACACAAAAUCCCGAAAUCCAAGCAAAAGCGCACGAGGCGAUUGACAACGCUAUUGGGCGUGAUCGACUGCCAGAGUUUGAGGAUUAUAAAUCGAUACCUUACAUCAACGCCAUUCACAACGAAGUCCUUCGGUGGAGAGCAGUUACACCGCUUGCCGUUCCACACAGCGUCUCACAAGACGAUGAAUACCGAGGAUAUCACAUCCCCAAAGACUCCAUAGUCGUUGGCAACACAUGGGCGAUGUUAAAUGACGUCUCGGUUUACGGGGAAGAUCCCGAUUCUUUCAAUCCUGAUCGCUGGUUGAAAGACGGAGUUAUGAAUCCAGAUAUCCCCCAUCCUGAGGAAGCCUUUGGUUUCGGUCGACGCAUAUGUCCCGGGCAGGAAAUGGCUGAGGCUUCCAUGUGGAUGUCGAUUGCUUCGAUCCUGGCUGUAUUCGAUAUCACUAAAGCAGUUGAUGAUAAGGGCAACGCCAUUGAGCCGUCAGGAGAGUUCACGUCGGGCUUGCUCAGUCACCCUGUUCCAUUUCAGUGUGAGAUCAAGCCCAGGUCAAAGUAUGCAAUAUCUUUGAUUCAGUCGGGUAUCCAUGUUCUCUAG